AUGCGUCCAUCAUCCUUUCUUCCAUCGCAAUGCUGCCGUGCUGAAUGGUUAGAUGCCGACCAUUAUGUUACAAGCAUCGGCUACAAUCUUGCAAUUGCUUCAAUUUCAGAACCAAGUGAAUUUGAAUUUUUAGAAGGUCAUUCACAAACAAUUAGUGCAUUUGCUGUUUCAAAAGACAAAACACUCCUCGCUUCUGGCCAAGCUGGAAAAGAAGAUGCAAAUGAAAAAUCUACCCCAGUUAUUCUUUGGGAUCUCAACUCUCGUCGUCAAAUUAUGGUCUUACGUGGCCAUAAAGGUGCUAUUAAGAACAUUUCCAUUUCCGAAGACAAUCGUUUGGUUGCUGUAUCAACUGAUAUUUCCACAAACAUUUGGAUUUGGGAUACACAAGAGCAAGAUUUAGCAAUGUUCCUCGAUCCAGGAGUUAUUCCAUCUACAAUUUGCUUCGCAGGAACAAACAAAAACGAAUGGAAUCUUCAUAUCACAUAUGAUCGCAGAUUAUGCGAAUACGUCAUUAAAUUCGAUCACAGAACAUUCGAAUACUCAGAAAAACACGAUUUAUACACAAAUCCAACCAACGGAUAUUUCCGUAGUUAUACAUCAUCUUGUGGAGAAUUCCCAUACUUCUUUGCUGGCUCAGUUAGUGGUGAAGUAUCCAUUUACAAUGCCACUUCUCGUACAUUACGUACUUUUGUUGAAAUUGAUCAAUUUGCACUUGCAUCAAUGGUUGUUCUUGAUCCAAAGACAAUUGCUGUUGGUGGUCAGAGCUUAUCCCUUGUUACUGGCGAUGAUACAAACUGGAAAUGCUCCAAACAAGUGAAAUUUGACGCACCAAUUUCAUUUAUGUCUUAUUUCAAUGGUCGCUUCCUUAUUCGUACAGAAGAUACAUGUUUGUACCUUGUUGAUGGCAAAUCCUUACGUUCUCAGAAGAUUCUUGACGGAAUUAGAGCUCCUGUCUUAUCUGUUACCUGCAACAACAGAAUUGCAUGUGCAGCACUUGGAAAGACAGGAACAGCUCUUUUGAAUGUUUCCGGACCAAUAUCUUUAAUCACGAUUGUAAAUGUCCAGUCAAAGACAGUUUGUGCUAUGCCAAACAAUGAUUUCAUUGUUGGUCUCCUUGACGGCAGCCUUGUUUGCCUCAAAGAGAACGGAAGCAUCGCUUACAGGACUCCUUCCAUUCAUCGUGGCCCGAUUACAGCUCUUUGUGUCACAAAAGAGUUCAUUUGCAGUGGUGGCGAAGACGGAUUCCUCAGAUUAGUCACCCACCAAAGUCGCAGCCUUGUUAAUGAAUCCCUUGUCCAUAACGGUGUUGUCCAUCAGAUUAUUCCUGCAGAAGGAUUCCCUCAGAGAGUUCAUUCAGUUGCUGCAGACAGAACAUUGACAACAACCGAAAUUACGACAGGAAAAAGAAUCUGUCAACAGGUAGGAACAGGAAGAAUCGGAUUCCAAGCUUGCCAGCAAUUCAAAGAUGGAGAAGGAGAAGUUAUUGUUGGCAUGGGCGAUGGAUCUCUCAAGGCAUACGAUUGGCCAAGAAAAGGAAUUAUUUUCGAGGAAAGAACACCUGACGGUUUACAGAUAAACUCAAUUGCCCUCAAACCAGGAAAUGGCAGAGUUUUAGCUUGCGCUGGAGUCUGCGAAUACAUUUCUAUGAUUGAUUUCCAGACUGGAUCGUGGUCUGUCUUCGGACCAGCUCAUACAUUGGAAACUCACUCAUUGUGCUGGUCUCCUGAUGGAAAGAUAUUAUUGUCUGCAGCUGAUGAUGGUCUUGCAUUGUGGAAAUUCUAA